UCCCGACACCUCUCCUCUGGCGCCAACUUUGUCUCAAACUUUCUCUUAUUUACUUAAUUUUUGAGUGGAAGAGAUUGAUCAAUAAUGGAGCGAGUGGAAGAGUUGCAAAGAGAAGUUGACGACGCUGUUGCAAGAUUCCGGCACGCACAGCAACGCAAGUGGACCUUAUUGGAAGACACCCGCAAGACACUGGUCCAGAUACUGCUUAGGCACACUGAGGCCAUGCGUCAGAGGAUGCAGGAAUACUUCGAAGAGAGAAAUCGAAGCCUCCAUACAACCCUAAUAAACAUAGAUGAAGCUCUGAACAAGGCUUCUGAGGUCCAUGCCAGCAUGUGUGACCUGCGGUCACAAGUUGUGGAAGCCUUCAACCAGAAGAUGAAGCCUGAGGUCACGAUUGAGGAAGGUAGUGUGUUGUUGAACGGCACUGGGGUGAACGACCUGCAGAACACAUCCAGCCAGACUGAGCAGUGUGUGUUGCAGAUCAAUAUGUUGCAAGAGAGAUAUUCCAGCCUAAUGGAUGACAUUGAGUGCAACAUAACACAAAAGGUGGAGAGGCUGUUGGGUGGCGUGGAGAAGAAGCUCCAGGAGCUAGACCAGGAGAGGAACCAGGAGGUGUCAUCCAUUGUCAAGUCCACCAAUGACGAGCUGGAGAAGGCUAUACAAGUGUUGCAGAGCAUGCAACACAUGAAGCAACAGAUGGAAGAAUUGUUCCAGAUAUUGAGGAAACCCAACACUACACAGUAACACUAUAACACAGUAACACUGCACAGUAACACUAUAACACAGU